CAACAAUGAAUACAUCAAUCUGCAUCAAUGAACCGAAUACACGUAAUGUCUGACACAUGCUGAUCGCCGAUCCACCUAGAACGGACCAUCAGUCAUUGAGGCUGGUUGUGCUGAGAUACAGUGAAUGAUCUUCACAGCAAUCUUAACGAUGGAAAUGAAAUCUGAAUUGCUACAAACACAAUCGAUGGAAACACAAGCAGUAUCACCGUCUACAGCCAAUCAUUCAGUCGGUAGCGUGGCUGAUUGUGGCGCCACAGCCCCGUAUCAACGCGUUGCUGAUGGUCAACGCGCCUGCGCUCAACUCGCGACCAGCAUCUGCAGUGACGAAAUAGUGCAACCGCUAAAACCAAGCUCGACGUGCAGAAUUACGACAAAGUCAAUCGUGCUAUCGCGGUUCGGGCUUCAUCGUCACGGUAUGCCAAACAAAGCUUCGCCAUUGAGGUCUCGAGACGCCAUGCCUGCCAAUACUCCUUCUAAGGAAGAUGGUCUGGUUCAUCGCAAAAAGUCUGAUACUAUCAGCGAUUCUCCUGUUUUAAGAUCUGGCACUCUUCGUACCAGUACUUCUAAAGGUACUCCCAGAGUCCCCGCCGAGCAGUGCGCUGUCACACCCCGUGCCAAACACGCCGAACACGCCAAACCCAAAAGCACCAAGCCUCAGCCCAACGGUGACUCGCCUGAAGAGGCCAAUCCCGACUUUAGAGAAGACGUCGCGAUUGACGAAUUUGUCGAUCAUCGCGUCGACACCGACAACGCGACCGUCGACAUCCAGGUCAAGUGGGAGGGCGGCGAAACAACCUGGGAAUCAGAAUGGAGUCUACAGGAGCAGGUUCCCACGCUUGUCUUCAAAUACUGGGAUAAGCUCGGCGGUCGCGAGGCUGCUACCAACCUCGACAUCUACCACGCCUUCAACAUUCUCAAGCGCACCGCUCAUCCCGGCAAGUCCAAGGGUGACAAAUACAUGUACCAGGUGCAGUGGGUUGGGUACCGCGCCGCCGAUUCAACCUGGGAGCAGGAGUCCAAGCUGCGCAAGAUUGCUCCCAGUGAGUUGGAGAAGUUCGAAGCUAAGCAGUUGGCCAGCGGUGCCUCGACCGAGAAGCGCAAGACUACGCGUGGACCUGGAAGACCUCGCAAGAAUCGCCGAGUGGGGGAUUAAGUGAUGCACAGGUAACAUGCAUGUAGAGCGUGGGUGUACGAACGAACACGAUCGAUAAUGGUAUUCAUUCUAUUUGGCUCGACGAUACAUUCGUCUAAUCAGUUCUCGCGUGCUCCUCUUUGGCCUUGGCAGUGUGAGAAAUAGGCGGUCCAGUCCAGUCCAGGGUGUCUGGACUGGACCGCCUGCGUAUCUGGAAGUACUGGACUCUGGACCGCCUGCCAUAAUUGGACUGCUACCAAGAGUCGGACCAAAACUUGAUACGGCGAUGACGUUCCGGUAUUGUUGCAUUGAUACUCAGGCCACAUCGCAUUGAGCAUCAAGAACUGCACUGGUCGAGAAAACUAUGUACAGAAACAUCUAUCAUGAUCUCCAAAUAAUUAUCUCGUCCUCAUCCCACUGUCGGAGACACUGAAUAGCUCCAAUCGUAGCUGCUGAUAAUCGGUU